UUCUCUCUCCCUCUUCAAUUUCUCUCUCUCUAUACACAAACAAUAAUCUCUAUCCACAGUUUUUGCCUGUCACACUCACUCACUCUUUCGCAACACAGAUUCUUCAAUUUCCGUUUCCCACUCUCUCCAAACCCCAUUACAUGUUCUCCGCGGAGGUUUUCGGCGUCUUCACCGUCCAUGGCGCCGAUGUAUCUCCGGCUCCCGCCACCGCCACGAACACUAACUACACCAGCUGCUUCAAAAAACCCGCGCCUUCUUCUCAUAGCGUGGUGAACACUGUGAGGUUCCCAAAGGCUUCCUCCGCCACUCUCUGUCGUUGCAGCGUUGACUCAAAGUCCGCCGUCGGCGGUGAAGUUUUCUCGGUGACGCCGUCCGGCAAGUCUGACGUGGACUACCUUGGUGAGAGCACCAAAGGCGAUUUGAACGUUAAGUUGGAACACCUCGAAGCUUUUGGAAUUGAUGGUAAUGGUGCACUAGAAGGUCCAAUUGAGGAAGUGGCUAGGGCAGAAACUAUUGAAGCAGAAGAUUUGCUGAAAGACUUGGGUAUUCCGAGUCCUUCUUCAGCUAGAAAUUCACCUCGUGGAAUAUUCUGCAGCCGUACGUUGAACCUGCGGUCAAUUAGUGCCAUUGGAUAUGACAUGGACUAUACCUUGGUCCAUUAUAAUGUGAUGGCUUGGGAAGGGCGGGCUUAUGACUAUUGUAUGGAAAACCUUAGGAACAUGGGUUACCCUGUCGAUGGGCUAGCAUUUGAUCCUGAUCUGGUAAUUAGAGGUCUGGUCAUAGACAAAGAGAAAGGCAAUUUGGUUAAAGCUGAUCGAUUUGGUUAUAUAAAAAGAGCUAUGCAUGGCACUAGAAUGUUAUCUACUCGGGCUGUGAGUGAGAUGUACGGGAGGGAACUGGUGGACCUGCGAAAGGAGAGUCGGUGGGAAUUUCUCAACACACUGUUCUCUGUGUCUGAAGCUGUGGCCUACAUGCAGAUGGUUGACAGAUUGGACGAUGGGACUAUACCAGCUGAUCUUGGCCCCCUUGAUUAUAAAGGGCUUUAUAAGGCUGUUGGAAAAGCUCUCUUCUGGGCGCAUGUUGAAGGUCGCCUUAAGAGUGAGAUCAUGUCUAAGCCAGAACAGUUUGUGGAGCCCGACCCAGAGUUACCGUUGGCACUUCUGGAUCAGAAGGAGGCUGGCAAAAAACUUCUGCUUAUUACCAAUUCAGAUUAUCUUUAUACGGACAAACGUUUUCUUCAUGUCUUGUCUUAUUAUGAAAUAAAUUUUGCACUAAUGGAUGUUUUCCUUUUUGAUGGUUAGGUAAUUGUGUCAGCAAGAAAACCAGAGUUUUUCCAAACGUCACAUCCCAUGUAUGAAGUGGUGACAGGCGAGGGUCUGAUGAAACCUUGCUUCAAGGCUCAAACAGGUGGUUUGUACUCGGGGGGAAGUGCACAGAUGGUUGAAAAUUCUCUCAAUAUUCAUGGAGAUGAGAUAUUGUAUGUUGGUGACCAUAUUUACACUGAUGUCAGUCAAUCCAAGGUUCAUUUGCGAUGGCGAACAGCAUUGAUUUGUCGAGAAUUGGAAGAUGAGUACAAUGCCCUCAUUGGGAGCCGGAUACAUAGAGAAUCAUUGGUGGAACUUAUAAAUCAAAAGGAGGUUCUAGGGGAUCUCUUCAACCAACUUCGACUGGCUCUACAAAGGCGGAGUCAUGACAGGCCUGCACAAACCCUUGCAGCAACUAAUAUGAAUGAUGAGGACCUUACUGAAAGCAUGCAAAAGCUAUUAAUCGUUAUGCAAAGGCUAGAUGAGAAAAUUGCUCCAAUGCUUGAGGCGGAUGGAGAGCUCUUCAAUUCAAGGUGGGGUUUUAUAUCCCGUGCUGGUCUCUGGGAUAAAAGUCACUUGAUGAGACAAAUUGAGAAGUAUGCUGAUAUUUAUACCUCUAGGGUGUCUAAUUUCUUAUAUUAUACACCCUUCAUGUAUUUCCGCUCCCAGGAACAGAACCUUGCGCAUGAUUCAUACUCACACUUAUGUUCACAACUCAAUAUUAAGAUUUCUUCCUAG